UCUAAAUAGAACGUAUUGUAAUCUUCUCGCAGUCCAACGUGGUUUCUUCUCAUAGAGUGCUGCUUCUUCUCUUCACUUGUUUGCUUUAUGAAGUGUCAGUGAUGAAUUUGGAGCAAGAAAGGCCAUUUGUUUGCAAUGCCCCGGGCUGUUCCCAGCGUUUUCCCACUGAGGAUCAUCUGAUGAUUCACAGGCACAAGCAUGAAAUGACUUUGAAGUUUCCAUCAAUAAAAAACGAUAAUAUGCUAUCAGACCAGACACCUACGCCGACACGCUUUCUGAAGAAUUGUGAAGAAGUGGGGAUCUUCAAUGAACUGGACUGCUCCAUUGAGCAGGAGUUCAGAAAGGCACAGGAAGAGGAGGACAAUAAAAGGAACAUUUCGAUGCACAGCUCAGCAGGACCAUCCUCGCACCAGCCCCCCCACACAAGGAUGACAAACCACGACACCAGCAUUGUGAUUCAGCAAGCCAUGCCAUCCCCACAGUCCAGUUCGGUCAUCACACAAGCACCUUCGACAAACAGACAGAUCGGGCCCGUUCCUGGUUCGCUGUCUUCAUUGUUGCACCUUCGGAACAGACAAAGACAACCUCUGCCUGCCUCUAUGCCUGGCCCCCUCCCGGACCCUACCAUGCCUGGAUCUUCUGCAGUACUAAUGCCUAUGGAAAGGCAAAUGUCUAUGGGCUCCAAUAUGAUGGGAAUGCAGGGCCCAAACCUCAGUAACUCCUGUGCUUCACCCCAAGUCCCCACAAUGCAUUCAGAGGCGAAACUGAGGCUGAAGGCAGCCCUGUCACAUCACCCGGCAACCAUGCCCAAUGGAAACAUGAACUCAAUGGGUCACAUGAUGGAAAUGAUGUCAGCUCGACAGGAGCAGGCCGCUCACCACCACAUGCACUCCCACCCUCACCAGCACCCGUCUCUGCAGCCUCUUCACCAUGCCUACCAGCAGCACCACCACCAUGCCCACCCACCACCCCAACACCAGCACCAGCACCAGCACCAGCAGCAGCAGCAGCAGCAGCAGAGCCACCCGCACCACCACUCACACCCGCCACCACACCUGCACCACCACCAGACCUCCCCGCACCAGCAAAUCCAGUCCCAGGUGUCUCCCGCGGCCCAACAGAUUCAGGCAAGCCAGACAUUACAGUCGCCUCAACCCACUGGAGGACGGAGGAGGAGGGUAGUGGAUGAAGACCCAGACGAAAGACGACGCAAAUUUCUAGAAAGGAACCGAGCCGCCGCCACGCGUUGCAGACAGAAGAGGAAAGUGUGGGUGAUUUCACUGGAAAAAAAAGCAGAAGAAUUAACUCAGACAAACAUGCAGCUUCAGAAUGAAGUCACAAUGUUGAAGACUGAGGUGACACAGCUGAAGCAACUUCUGCUGACGCAUAAAGACUGUCCAAUCACUGCCAUGCAGAAGGAGUCACAAGGCUACCUAAGUCCAGAGAGCAGUCCGCCAGGAAGCCCAGCCCCAGUGUGCUCCCAGCAGCAAGUCAUUCAGCACAACACCAUCACAACCUCCACUGCUGCCAUCAGCGAAGCUGUGGGCAACUCUGCGCUAAACCAGCUAGCCAACCACAGAACAGACAUGAACCCGAUUCUUUAAAAAACUCCUGGCAAGCCAUAAACUGCUUUCAAAAAGCAAGGAUGGCAAAAAUGCCAUCACUUCAUUCAGGACUUUUUUUUUUUUUUUUUUUUUUUUAAAAAAAAAAAAAACAAACAAAAAAACUCUGAAGCCUGGAAUCAAACUUCUUAAUAGAUUUAUAUGUGUUUUUUUAUAGUUUAAUUCAAGUUGGUGUUUUGUUUUCUACUUAUAGUUACAAGGGAAAUAUGCAAUUAAUACGUAUAUGAUAUUAAUCUGCGAAAUGCUUUGUCUUCCUCUUGAUUUUCUUGUACAGAUCUAAGGAUUUUAAAAGGAAUAUUGUAGUAAUAUUUGCAGCCAGUUAUCAGCUUCGAUUCGAACAUGGCAUCCUGUUUUACUGCAAGCUAUUGGGUCAGUGUUAAACAUUGCAACACUUUACCAGCAUUUUGGUUGUAUCCAGAAAGUGUAUUUUUCUGUAUAGGUUUGCAUAUUUGUAUUGAGUGGGCUUCCUUUGGUGUUAAACUUCAUUGGAUCAUUUAAUUUGGUGAUAGUUGAGAUUUCAGAUCAUGCUUGUACAUUUUACACAUUCUGCUGCUGAUAUUAUUGUCUAUUGGAGAGUUGGAGCGGUUAUUGGUCAUGCUUGUUACAAUGUUUAAAGUGAUACGUUUGUCUGACCUCAUAGUUCACACGUAGUUUCACUACUACUGUAGGUGCUGUGUUAGAUCGGUUCAUAUUUUCAGCAGCACAUCAAAGCUAUGGUGGAUGUCUCUUUCACAACUUCUCAUGCUUUAUUAUUUGAAGAAAUGUUUUUUUUCAUCACUGUGGUAACAGGAAAUACUCAGUCAUAUUUUCAAUUUUUCUCAUCACUAAAAAGGGAUUUUAACUUCUAACUUCUAAUCUAUGCGUUUUAGAUGUUCUUAAUUUUUUUUUUUUUUUACUGCUAUACCUUUAAAUGUAAAAUAUUGCAUGUCCUGUGCUUACCAUUAGAGAUAUGGCAUUUUAUUGAUAUAAUGUGGUUCAGGGAGGGGUUUGGAAUAUGUGGAAGAGGUCAUAGAAUCAUCCAGUUAAUUAUUGAAUCUUAAAAUAUAGCCAUAGAAAUGUAUUUUUAAAUUGUCAGUCUGUUUCCUUAGUAUUACUCCGAUUUGUAUGGCAUGGGGGUUUAAGUUCUAGAUUACAUUACAAGUAGAAAGGAAAGUUCCAGAGCUCAGAUAAGCUUAUUGCUAGUUUAAUGUCCCUUAAUGUGGAGCUCGUGAUCAUCUCUCAGAAGCUGUGAGUUUUAGUUAUGCAGAUGUCUGGAUGAGACAUACAAAGUGCAGCCAGGGAACAAGAGCACAAACCAGUUCUGUACCUAUACAGAUUGUAUUGUCUAACUGCUGUCUACAACCACGGUGCCUGCAAGCCUACUUUGUGCUAUGCUGUAGUGUUUGCUGUCAUCCUCAUAGACCACACAGUUAUAUACAGCAGCAAACAAUUCUCUACAUACAACACAGCCAUUUACUCAGAUCAUGGAAACUUUUUUUGAAGCUUUAUGAAAAAAGCAAUUUUGUUUUAAGAUAUGUUUUGUAUUAUAGAAAAUAAACCAAACAUAUUAAUAUUGAAACAAAUAAUAAUAUUAAGGACCAACUAUGCAAAGCAUGUUACUGCUUAAACAUUGUUUCAAAGACCUCUGCACAGCUAACCACAAUGGAUUUCCUGUUUGUUGCAUUUCAAUCAUUCGUCUUUGUUGUGUGCCCCCAGGUUAUAUCUGUGUGUGAGCAUAGGAAGGCAUGUUUUCCGGGGGUAUUAGCUGCAGUAGGUGCCCUGUCAGUACUAAUUCAUUCUUACAGUGCAUCCGGCGUGAGGUCUAAUCUUUAGUGCGCCUUUGCUAAAGCUGAACAACAACGAGGGUUUUUAUUAAUAUUGCAGCCAGUCAGCUUGUAUGGUACAGAAGCCAAAUAUUCAAUAGCUGUCAGUAAGCUCUGUAACAUUAUGUAUUACCAGGACCAAAAACAUAUAAAUAGAUGUCA